AUGGCUGAGAACGACAAUCCUUUGCUCAAGGCAUUACCGCCCGAGACCGACUAUCUUUCAUAUCUCACAAUACUCGAAUACAACCUGACCAAAGAACAGCUUCCAACCCUUCAUGGCGUUCUUCAAGACACCACCUUGACAGCAAAUAUUGGGUGGGACCUUGUUCACCUACUUUUACCGCUCCUCCCUGAAUCAGAAGCAUGUUUGAAAGAUGUUGCUUCCUUGGGCAACCCAAGAGAGGUGAUCUUGAAGGUCACGGAAUUGCUAGAAGAGAUCGCUCACGAGGAGCGCGAGGAUAACAGCCCUGGGGCGCAAGAGGCGGACAUCUUGAAUGAGAAACUUGAAGAAGGAUCCACGCAUGGAACUACAGCUGAAAGCCAAGAACCUCCUGAGGAGCAGCAGGAGCCUUUAUCAGACCGCCCUGAGACCGUCGAUCGCAUCAGCAUUCUGCUUUCAAUGCUCGCCAUCCUCCACCCACGAAUCAAAACAAAAUAUCCAAGCCGAUUCUUGUCAACGUCUCUACAAUCAAUUCUGCUCGCAUGUUCCUCAUUGGACGGAUAUUCUGCCGUUAUCGAGUUGGUAUUGAGCUUCUUGAAGCAGCUAUCAGGAACAAAAAGGCCGGCCUUGCCACCAAGAAAGUCCAGUGCAUCCCUUGCGACUCUGCAGGCUGCGCAAAGUCAUUCUUCUGCUCCUGACCCAGAAGCAAACACAGAUGGAAUUGCAGACGGAGAAUUAGAGAUUCAACAGCGUCUGAUGCAGUCGUUCCUUACAUUCAUUGCAGAGGUCUUCCUAUCCUCGGCGACCCUACUAGAGCCAAACAUAGGUCUGAGCUGGGCAGAAAGAUUUCACGAGAAGGUGCAGCCGCAGAGAAUUGUUCCAGGUCGAGAGACUAUGUCUGAACUUUAUGAGAAAGACGAAGAUCUUCAUCAGAGGGACUCGAUCAUGGGUCAACUAUUGGCUUUGUCACGCGAUCUGGGUCUCAAGUCCGAAGACUUACUUACGACGAUUCUCAAGCCUCCAGAAAAGUCUCAAGAGGAUGAGACCGAGUCGAGCGACCCCCCGUCUUCUCCCUCAGAUGUCCCACUCUCGACCAAAGGCUCACUCUACCUUCUAUGCGCCAUGCUCGCGUCUGAAACCCUCUUUCAGACUAAAAUUUGCUCUUUCGCAGCGUUGCCCGACUACACCGAUUUGCUACAGACCCUCCUCCCCGACCCUUCAACCUCUGACUUGAGCAUUCAGCCUCCAGCCUACCUCGAUGCAGUCCUCUUCCUCGGCUUCCAUCUUCUCCACAAUAAUCCUUCCACCCCACUCCCCGACGAAGGAUCCUUCAAGCACGCCCUCCAGCGCGUGUCUCUUCUCUCUGUCCAAACGCCCAAUCCAACACAGCGAUACCAAGCUCAGCAACUUUCCUCAAGCCUCGUCCACACUCGUGCCUCUGAUGACACAAAAUUAUCCUGCAUCAAGGAUAUUCUCGAACACUGCCCCUACGACAAUCUCCGCGCAAGUGCUGUCAACUGGCUACAAUGGGAAAUACUGACCACAAAUCCCUCCCCAGCACCAGCAGCUCCGCCAGAAAAACCCAAAAGCAUCUUCUCCGACCCUGCCGUUCUCGAAGAACUACAGCAAUGGCUCUGGGGGGAUGACGUAGCCAUUCUAGGCCAUCCUCCCCUGAACGACCUAUCGGAGUUGCAGGGCAAAUCCGCCUACUGCCUCGCAGUACUGAAGCUCAUCCAAGUCCUCUACUCAAAUAGAAACGUAGUGAAGAAUCUCGACGUGGAAAGGUUCAGGGAGCAGAUCAAGAGCGAGAUGCUGGAUGGAUUAGACAUGGAGAUUGAUGAUUGGAAACACAAGUUUGAGAGUGGAAGAAUGGAUGAGUAUGGGGGUCCGGAGGUGGGAGAGAUGGUGAUUCAGGAAUUGGAAGUGCUGGGCUAUCGGGUUGAGAUAUCUCGGAGGGUGGUAGAGACGUUCGAAAACAAGGGGUAG